GUCGAAUAUAAAAUGCAGAUUCCAGAUUAGGGUUUUCUUUCAGCUUCUCACAUAGCAGAGAGAACCCUACAGAGCCGGAGGCCGUCGAGGUUUGCAGAAAUGGCGAAGUCUAAGAACCACACGGCUCACAACCAAUCCUACAAGGCUCACAAGAAUGGGAUCAAGAAGCCCAGAAGACACAGGAACACUUCAACCAAAGGGAUGGAUCCCAAGUUUCUGAGGAACCAAAGGUAUGCAAGAAAGCAUAACAAGCAGGGCGGUGGAUCUUCUAUGGAGGAAGAGUAGAGAUUCCACUUCAUAUUGCCUUUAGGCUUUUCAUUUUUCUUCGUUCGUUUGUUUUGCGGGAAUUCAAGGUGGUUUAACUUUAUGAUGUUGUCAGUUUUGGAUGUAGAACUACCCUUUUUCUCAUUGCAAAAUUUUCUUGCAAUGCACAAUUAAUGGCAAGCUAUCUCUGUUUUGACA